AUGUCCCAUCCCGACUCGAAUCUUCACCCUGAAGCUACCGGCCCCGCCAAAGCGCUGGUCGACCGCCACCGCGCGGAGCAGCCCUUGAAGCUACUUACUAUUUUGGAUACGAAACUAAACUAUCUAUCUCCAGUGCAACGAGUCUGGCUCGCCCUAGAAGAAAAGCAAAUCCCCUACGAAUACAUCGAAGUAAACCCGUACAACAAACCCGACUCCCUCCUGGCCCUCAACCCGCGCGGUCUCGUGCCCACGCUCUCCUGCCCGACUAGCCCUUCCCCGCGGCCACUGUACGAGUCCACCGUGAUAUUGGAGUACCUCGAAGAUGCGUAUCCAGGCCAUGGCCCGCGUCUCCUCCCAACGGAUCCCUACGAGCGAGCCCGCGCGAGGAUCUGGAUUGACUAUGUGACCUCGCGGAUUAUUCCUGCGUUCCAUCGUUUCCUGCAGUAUCAACCCACGGGUCCACAAGACGGAGGGCUGGACAGAGCCCGCCAGGAAUUUCUGAAUCAUCUCAAGGUCUGGACGAAGGAGAUGCAUUCGACUGGUCCGUUCUUCUUAGGACAGGAACUGAGUGCUCCGGAUCUGGUGCUGGCACCGUGGGCAGUGCGAUUGUGGGUGUUUGAUGAGUUUAAAGGUGGGAUAGGGAUUCCGUCUGGUGCCAUCGGGCCUGUCAAUCUUGCAAUGGCGCCCGAGACAAAGGACGGGCCGCUUCGUCGCGGCUCAUUCUUAGAGCCCGGCGCCCCAGAGACCCCCGCCAUCCACCCAUCAUUCAUCCAGGUGGCCAAGCCGUAUAUCUUCGAGCAGACCAUCCAGGACUGUAUCGAGGCUAUGGGCGUCAAUCCGAUGCGCGAGGAAUCGCUGCGUCUCCAGGGCGUGACCUGGAUCGAUAAUGUGCGGAAAGUGCUUCGUCUGUAA